UAUAUUAUUCGAACUUAAUUGAAUUUUAUUCAAUUAAGUUCGAAUAAGUUUAGUUAUGAUAUAGUUCGAAUAUAUUUAUUCGAAUAUAUUUUUUCGAACUAAAAAAAAUCAAACUGUAAGACCAACACAACUACGUGAUGAGUUUGAGUAAACUUUUUGCUGGUAGGAAGAGGAAUAGUUCAGUAUGGAAAUGGUUUAAAUACGAUGCGUCAUCCGACAAAUCUGUAUGUUUAGUUUUACUUGAUGGUGAAAAAGUAUGCAAUACAAAGUUGUGUGGAAAGAACCCAACAAAUCUUAAACUACAUUUAGCAAGAAACCAUAAGUCUGUACACGUUGAGCUGGAAGAGUCGGAAUUAAAGAAAUUAAGUGAAAAAAAGCAAACAGGGAUAAAGAGAAAAGUAGUGGAUGAAAAUGGACCCACUCUUUUAGAAUCGUCCUCAAAUCAGAACCAGACCUUGAUUCAAUGCAUUAAUCGUAGGAAUACCGCAUGGCCUAUUAAUUCACACGAGCAUAAAAUUCGACUGAACUCUCUUAUUCAAAUGAUAAUUGCAACAUGUAAUCCAGUGACAUUGGUGGAUAAUGCGAGUUUUAGAAAGUUAGUUAAUACCUUGGAUUAUAAAUUUUCAUUGCCUGCUUCUGCCAAAAUUACUAGCCUACUUAAUGAAGAAUUUACUGUUUUAACGAGAAAACUUCGUGACUUCAUAUCUGAAGGCAGGCGCUUCACAAUAUGCCUUGAUGGCUGGACUAAAAAAGAUCUUACUGCGUCCUUUUUAGGAAUUUCGGUUUGUUUUUUUCACAUCAAAUCCGAAAAACCAAUACAUGCUCUGCUUAAUUUGUAUCUUGUGAAACAUCCACAUACAGGUGAACAAAUUGCUAAUUGUUUUGAAAAAUGCCUAAAAUAUUGGAAUAUUUCCAGAGAAAAAAUAUUGCUUGUUAUUUCGGACAAUGGAGCAAACAUGGUCAAAGGCAUAAAGUUGUCGAGAAUGAAAGCUCAAGCUGAACGUGAUAUACUUAUUGAAUUAGAAAGUGAGGUUAAUGAAGAGCAGAUAACAGAUCUGGAAGACGAUGAGAAUAUGACAAAUAGUGAAGAAUGGGAACAUGUUGACUUGAUAGUUGAUGUAAUAGAAAACGUAGCAUUUAGAAGAUUAGGAUGCAUUGCACAUGUUAUACAGCUAGUUGUAAAACUUGCAUAUGAUGGUAAAUAUCAUGGCUUACUUUUGAAGGUACGUGGAUUAGUGGGAAAAGUUCGCAAAUCAACAAAUGUGGUAAGACUGUGAUCAGCUACUGUUCUACAAGAUGGAACAGCACUUACUUUAUGGUUCGGAGAUUUCUGGAAAUAAAGACAUCUAUCAACGAAGUGCUUGGAGACCUUAACAUUGAUUCACUUGCCAAUAGCGAAUGGAUAAUGCUUCAGGAUUUUGUCAAUCUUUUAGAACUUUUUGCCAAUGAAACUGAUAUU